UUGAUAAAAUCCUUCGAAGGAGAAUUCUGGGUAUUUAGGAAUUUUUUGUUUUGCUUAGUAAUUUUCUCUAAUUUUUAUAGGGUUGUGAUAUCUUGAGGAUUUUGUACAAUGGAAAGUUCUGUAGCUGCAGAAAAUGAUUGUAAUGCCCCAGAGGAUGAUGCGAAGGAGAGGUGUUGGGACCAAAGAGAGGCGCUGCCGGGCGAGCCUCGAUGUGUCAUAUGUGGCCGCUAUGGUGAGUACAUUUGCGAUGAGACUGAUGAUGAUAUUUGCAGUUUGGAAUGCAAAGGUAUAUUGUUGUCGCGGCUUGCAAAAUUGCAGCAACCAACUUCUCGUCCAUGUCCUGUAAAGUUACCAGCAACCGAUGAGUGCUAUUAUGUUAAGGAUAAUGUUAAAUCUGAAGUGAAUCCACUAACAACUGACCAGACUGAACUUUUGAGAAGGAAACUUGAUAUUCUUGUGAAGGGAGACACUACACCGCCUCCCAUCUUGUCAUUUGCUUCUUGCAAGCUAACGCAGAAGCUUCUCGAGAAUAUUGAAGUUGCUGGUUAUGAAAUGCCAACUCCUGUCCAAAUGCAAGCAAUCCCAGCUGCUUUAGCACGGCAAAGCUUGCUUGUUUCAGCAGAGACUGGUUCUGGUAAAACUGGUUCUUUUUUAAUUCCUAUAGUUUCUCAAUGUGCAAAAUUCAAUGAAGAGCAUUUCCAAAACCAGCAACAACCAUUAGCUAUGGUUCUCACACCUACUAGAGAACUCUCCAUACAGGUAGAGGAUCAAGCUAAGGUGUUCGGGAAGGGUUUGCCAUUCAAAACUGCAUUGGUUGUAGGUGGUGAUGCCAUGGCAGGACAGCUCCACCGCAUCCAGAAGGGAGUAUCUUUAAUUGUGGGAACUCCUGGAAGGCUCAUUGACCUUUUAACGAAACAUGAGAUUGAACUGGAUACUAUUUCAGUUCUUGUUCUUGAUGAAGUUGAUUGCAUGCUCCAAAGAGGUUUCCGUGAGCAGGUGAUGCAGAUUUUUACGGCUCUUUCUCAACCUCAAGUGUUAAUGUAUUCCGCAACAAUUCCUAAAGAAGUAGAGAGGAUGGCAAGCUCAAUGGCCAAAAAGGUCACUGUCAUUUCUGUUGGGAAGCCAAAUAAACCUAAUCAGGCUGUCAAGCAGUUAGCUAUUUGGGUAGAGCCGAAGAGGAAGAAGCAAAAGCUUUUUGAUAUUUUGAUGAGCAAACAGCAUUAUAAGCCACCAGUUAUUGUAUUUGUGGGUUCUAGACUCGGAGCAGAUCUCCUUUCUGAAGCAAUAACAGUAAGUACUGGGCUAAAAGCAUUAUCAAUUCAUGGUGAGAAAUCCAUGAAGGAUAGGAGAGAAAUUGUAAGGUCAUUUCUAGUUGGGGAAAUUCCAGUUAUUGUGGCAACUGGGGUGUUGGGUCGAGGAAUCAAUCUGUUGACUGUGAAACAGGUAAUUGUGUUUGAUAUGCCAAAUUCCAUCAAGGAGUAUGUGCACCAGGUUGGAAGGGCAUCUAGAAUGGGGGAGGAAGGUACAUCAAUUGUCUUUGUGAAUGAAGAGAAUAAGAAAUUGUUUCCCGAGUUGGUUGAAGCUCUUAAAACAUCUGGUGCUGCAAUUCCCAGAGAGCUUGCUAAUUCACGGUAUGUUGUUGGCUCUUUCUCUGCUGCCAAAGGUCAGAAAAAACGAAAACAUGGUUUCUGAAGAUGUUGCUCUCCUUUCCUCUUCCUUAACAUGAAGCUCCCCAUGCUAAGAAUUAAAGAUACCUAUUCUCUAAAACUCUCCUCUACUGCAAAUGAUCUGCCAUUAUCCCCAACUGCUUCUUUGGACCUGGCGGUCAAACUUUAUUGCUUAGGCAUUAGCCCUCCUUUGGUGAUCUGCCUGUGUAGUGUGCAUAUUUUACAUGUGAUGAUUCUUCUCAUGCUAAAAGGAGAUUCUUCUCAUGCUAAAAGGAGAUUCUUCUCAUUUGAUAAGAUCUGGUGAACUGAAAACCAGCGCUGGAUUUGCUUCUCAAAGCUGAAGCACCUAUGUCUCGCAAUAUUAAGGGAAUGCUGCAGUUUCUACUUAUUCUUGAGUUGUUUUCGUCAAUCUUAUAAGUCAAAAGGCAUAUAAAGUUUUGGUGGUGCUUGGUGGUAUCUGCGGUUGGACUGGUAAGCAUUCACCUUAGUCAUUAACUUCUCACUGAAAGUUUGCUUGUCUAGCAUAGAAUCUUGAACAGUUUUUGUGAUAUAGAUACUAUUCACCAAUUUUUUCUUGACGUCUUUUCCUCAAUCGGUACAUCCCGUUCUAUCCACGACUUUGCACGGUUUGCAUCACAGUGUACAGAUGCCUUUGCAUUUUUUUGGAUAAAAAGAAUCCUGAUAAAAACAAGACUGCCAGAGGUGCUUAAUUGUGCGGGUUAACCAGCAGAUUGUAAAUCGCACAUAAAUGAACAAAGUUACCAAUCCCUGUGAUGCUAGGAAGAGGCUUUCUGUUUGAUCCUUUAUAAGAAGAAGAAGAAGCAUAUCACAUUUAACAACUCUGAAAGAUCCUUCCAAGAAAAUGAGCGAAAGCUUCAACAAAUUCUAUCACAUCUCAGUUGUACUGGAUUUGAGAUUUAACCAAACCUCUUAAAGCUCAUGUAUAAAUUUCUGCAACUUGCAGCUAAAUGGGUUUGAUAUCUUGCAAAACGUUAGAGAUCUUCAUCCAUUUCUUCCAAAUAAUUUCACUAAAAAGAUCCAUUACUCUCUUGAAGGGUUUGGGAUCAUCAAGUUUUCAACCUUAGAGCAUUUGCUACUAAUGUUUUGUGGAUGAAAAUGAUGAAGAUCUGGCAUCUGGAUUGAAACUUAAAUUCUUUAAUGUUUUGCAAGAUAUCAUGCCCAAUGCGAGGCAUGUUCUUUGAUAUGAAAUGUAUACCAGAGCUAUAAGAGUUUUAGUCAAACUGCAAACCUAGUACAACCGAGAUGUGAAAGGAUUUGUCGAAUCAUUCUUUUGAAGGAUCUGUCGGAGUUAUAAAUGGUGUGGCAUGUUCUUUGAUGCUUCCUUUUAUAUAUGAUCAAUUCGAGGUCUCUUUUGAGCAUCAACGGAAUUGGUAACUUUGCUCAUUUAUCCACCUCAUGAUAUAUGUCGACCAGAUAAAAUUGAGUGAUGCAUUUAUGAGGCUCAGAGUCCUCAAAUCCUAAGAAUGAUAAGUCUGGUUUUUCAGUGACUUUGUAAUAGGGGGAAAAGGAUUUAUUCUCUCAAACACCAUGUAUUUGUAAUUAUUGUUCUUUUCCCUUUCUAAAUUGAACCAUAAUACUGUAUAACUGUCGAGAACAUUGCUAAGGUGCCUUUAGUUCAUGAACAGAGUAUGUCAAUAUUCCCUUCAUAUAUAGAUUAUGUUUUCUUGGUAA